AUUAAAUCAAAAAAAAAAUGAAAUUUUCAAGUCUUACAAAACCCUGGAUCAAUACAAGUCCUAUAAAACCCAAGCAUACAAAGAUACAAUCCCCAUGCACAGUUCUGUUUUAAUGGCUCAUCCACAUUGCCCUGAGAUCGAUGACGCUGCCCCAAUGCAACACCAUAACUUGGUGGUUCCUUUAACGCUAACUUCUAUAGCAGAAAGCUUCGAGAAAAAAGGCCAUUCAUGGUUUGCCGUAUCUCAACUUCCAUCAGAUUUAACCGUAAAAGUUGAUGACAUCACAUUUUACGUUCACAAGUAUCCGCUGCUUUCAAGAUGCGCUUAUGUAGGACAGAUUGAUCUACAACCUUCAAUAUCAAACAAGGAUUACGAGCUGAAGUUACAAAACUUUCCAGGUGGAGCAGAAACGUUUGAAACCGUCAUGAAAUUUUGCUACGGCCUUCCAGUAUCUUUAAACCCCAGAAACGCAGCUCCAUUAAGAUGUGCAGCGGAAUUCCUAGACAUGACUGAGGAAUUAGAAGACGGAAACCUUAUCUCUAAAACCGAAUCUUUCCUCACUUUGGUAGUGUUUUCUUCAUGGAAGGACUCAAUUACUGUCCUAAAGUCGUGUGAAAAUCUCUCUCCAUGGGCUGAAAAUCUCCAGAUUGUACGAAGAUGUUGUGAUUCAAUCGCUUGGGCUGCUGAAGGAAACUUUACGACAAUAGAAACUGCCAGUGAACAAAGCCGGUGGUUAAAUGAUGUUGCCACUCUCCGUAUUGAUAUUUUUUUGAAGAUUGUAACAUCAAUGACGCUAAAAGGACUUAGACCCGAUCUCCUAGUAUCCAGAGCAACGAAGGAUCAUAGAGAGCCUGUGUCACCAGCUUUUGUUUCCGAGCUUGAGAAAAGAAUCGGAAUGGUUCUGGAAAAUGCUAGUGUGUACGAUCUUCUGAUACCUGGAUAUACGACAGGAGAACAAGGAAAGCAAGUAAUAUUGACGGCAGAGCAGACUUUAUACAACGUCGAUGCUGUGCAAAGGAUUUUGGAAUAUUACUUGAUGCAUGGACAACAGCAGCAAACACAAAGUCAUCACAAAGCAAGUAUUAGUAAACUGUUGGAUAAUUACCUUGCGGAAAUAGCAGGAGACCCAAACCUUUCUGCGACCAAGUUUCAGGUGAUUGCUGAAUCAUUACCAGAUAAUGCUCGACUUUGUGACGAUGGACUCUAUCGAGCAAUUGAUAUAUAUCUGAAGGCACAUCCUUCGCUCUCUGAGCAUGACAGAAGAAGAUUAUGCAGGGCGAUGGAAUGUCAAAAGCUUUCAAUCGAUGCAUGCACACAUGCUGCACGAAAUGAUCGACUGCCUGUAAGAACAGUUAUGCAGGUAUUGCUUGCGGAGCAAUUAAAGCUGAGGGAAGAAAUGCACAAGAAGCAGUUAGCAGGAAACGUUGAUUCUUCACAGCAGGAAGAUAACUGUGCAUCUCCAAAAGAAGAGAUUAAAAUGCUCAAAUUAGAGCAGGAAAAGAUGAUGGAUUUCAUUAAAGAACUUCAAACGGACUACACAAAUUUACAACAAGAUUGUGAAAAGAUGAGAAAUAAGCAGAAUGCUUUGUCGGGUUGGAUUUUAGGAUGGCAUAAGAUCAAAAGAUCUCCAUUGUUUCAAGGGAGAUUCGAUACAAAUGAAAAUAGAGAUGAAAAAGUGAAAGAUAGAGAGGGAAAAGAAAAGGAAAAAAGAAUCAGUUCUAUGCUUAGAUUAAAAAGAAGGCAAUCCAUGUCCUGAAUGAUAGUGAUACCAAGUUUUCUUUAUGGAAAUAUAUAUAUGAUGGGGUUAUUACUGGCUUGUACUAGAUGCUUUUGUAACCAAGAGACAAGCUAAUGUUCAAAAGAAGAUAGAUAUUUGGAAUUAUAUAAUCCAUGAGAUUUCAUUGUAGACUGAACUCUUAUGGAGAUUCCGACCAUUGUCCUUUUAGUUGAUGUAUUUAUUAUGGACAUUGCUUCGUAUGAUCCAUAACUUUUGAAAGAUACUCUGUGUUUUUAGAGGAUUUGGGUUUAGGAAGUGGUGGGAUCUCGAGAUCAUGUCACUCAUUCGUGGAAGAAAAUCAACCUGAAAGUCGUUCGAAUUUUUCAAGCAUUAAAAUCAAUAUUGUAUGGUAUUUUUGUACAUUUAAUACCAUAAUAUAUUUUAGAGCAUUUGAUGCCAUAAAGUAUUUUGAUGUAUUUUACUAUUAGAAGGAGGGGUAUAGAGACAGGCAUUUCCUUCAUAAAUAUGCCACUAAUGGGUAAUAGAAGCAUAUUAACACAUAAAUAAAAAGUUGGAAAAAUCUACAUAGCUAGUUGUUCACGACAAAAUUGGCGAGAGACAUUUUUAUGUUAGCUACUUGUUUUUCUAUAGUGAAAAUGUUAGGAAACAAGUAAUUUAUGAUGUAAUUCCUUUGUCAAUUUGAUGAUGUCAACAUAAUUUGGAUGUUAUAUUUGUAUUUCAGUCAUAAAUUUUCUCGCUAAUCGUUCUUCAUAAUAUAAUUAGUUGGGUCCAUAUGUGUCAAAUAUGUUG